GGUUCACUCAUAGUGGGGUUAUAAAAUCUGCAUUCCCCUGGGAAAUAUUAUGUAUAUCAAUUCAGAUUUACACUUUGGAUUGGUUUAUGAUGAACUGGGAGGCUUUUAAAACCUUGAAUGGAUUAGAAACCGCCGGUUCAAUCUGGCACGCUGUGCGCUGAGUUCUGCGUUCUUCUCACUGUGCGCUUGAAGCGCUGCAGACUCACAGCCCAGGUUUAGGCGCUGAGAAUCUUGCACUGCAACAUCUCCGUUCGCUAUGAGGAUGUUUUUACACACUGCCAGAGCUUUACCUUUGGAUAUAUACCUCGCGUGAAGAUAUGGGACUUUAGACGGAUUUUUUUUUUUUUUUGAUUUUUUUUUUUUUUUUUUUGCUUGAUUUUUGUAUAACUGGUGUUCGAGAAUUUUGGGGUGAUGGUUUUAGAGCAUUUGGCGCUGAUGCGCUCUUUUUCUCGCCUGCUACCUUUCCCUGGGACAAGACGUUUGGAAAUGUGAAGGAGCUUGAAGUAUGGCAUGCAAAAGAUGGUCUUGGCCAAGAAGGAGACGGUGAUUGCAAUGUGCCCCACUUACAUUUCCACACUCUUCUACUUUCUGUGCGUUACGGCUUGCAUUAAGAAAAUCUCAGGUCAGGUAAAGAAGGAUGAGAAGUUAUACCCUGAAAAUUUCACCCAGAUCUUAGACCGACUUCUGGAGGGUUAUGACAACAGACUGCGCCCUGGAUUCGGCGGUCCAGUGACUGAGGUAAAGACUGAUAUCUACGUCACUAGUUUUGGCCCAGUAUCUGAUGUGGAAAUGGAGUACACAAUAGAUGUGUUUUUCCGACAGACGUGGGAGGACCGAAGGCUUAGGUAUGAGGGACCAAUUGAGAUUUUGCGACUAAAUAACCUGAUGGUGACCAAAGUGUGGACUCCUGACACCUUCUUCAGGAAUGGGAAAAGAUCUGUGGCUCACAAUAUAACUGCCCCGAACAAACUCUUCCGCAUAAUGAAAAAUGGCACAAUCCUUUACACCAUGAGGCUGACAAUCAGUGCAGAGUGUCCAAUGAAGCUAGUGGAUUUUCCUAUGGAUGGCCAUUCCUGUCCACUUAAGUUUGGCAGCUAUGCUUACCCUAUGACUGAGGUGAUCUACACAUGGACCAAACACUCUGUGGAAGUUCCUAGUGAGUCGUCCAGCCUUGUUCAGUAUGAUCUGAUUGGACAUACUGUCUCCAGUGAAACCGUCAAAUCUAUUACAGGUGAAUACGUGGUGAUGACUGUCUAUUUCCACUUGAAACGGAAAAUGGGCUACUUCAUGAUUCAGACGUACAUCCCAUGCAUCAUGACAGUAAUCCUUUCCCAAGUGUCCUUCUGGAUAAAUAAAGAAUCUGUGCCUGCCAGAACUGUCUUCGGUAUCACCACCGUCCUCACCAUGACCACUCUGAGCAUCAGCGCACGUCACUCUCUACCUAAGGUCUCCUAUGCGACAGCCAUGGACUGGUUUAUUGCCGUGUGUUUUGCCUUUGUUUUUUCGGCUCUCAUCGAGUUCGCUGCUGUAAACUAUUUCACCAACGUGCAAGCAGAACGAGCGAAGAAGAAGGCAGCCAAGAAUGCGGCCGCAGCAGCUGCCAAGAGCACUGCGUCGUCAGGCAAAGGCAAAGACACUGAGGAGAUCCUACAGCAAAACUCAGACACUAAUGGCAACCUACGCAAACGUGUAAACUCCACGACUCAGUCUCAGCCUGACCCUAAGGGCAGCCAAAGAAAUGAAACCUGCAGCAGAAGCUCUAUGACCGCAUCCAAAGAGGUCCAGACAAGCCAGUUAUCGUCCAGCUCAAGCACAACAAGCAGCUCCUCAGGCCAAAUACGACUCCAUCCCAAAUCCUUCACCGAAUCCAAAGCACAGAUUCCAGCUUCAGCUUCCAUAACCACGCCCCCACCUCCGCCUAUGACGCCAACAGUCCCCGAGCGCUCGUCAACCAACACACCCACCGGCUCUGGCUCUCUACAUCAUCUUCUAGCUCCGAAGUUGGAAAAUAUGCAGAAAACAGAUUCUAAGGCUGCAUCCAGUGCUCCACCAGCAGCUUUUAUGGGCGGGGCCAGCAAGAUUGAUAAGUAUGCACGCAUCCUUUUCCCUGUGUCCUUUGGGGCAUUUAACAUGGUGUACUGGGUGGUAUACUUAUCCAAAGAAACCAUGGAAGCAAGAGGAGCCUAAUCACUGAAUUUUCAGAUUUUGUUAAAUUUCUUAAAAGCAAACAGCAGAUAAAGGGCACAACAUCCCUCCAAGGAUCAAGCAAAUUCAACACAAUUUCUAGAAUCUUCUUUAAAUCAAUGGACAAACAAAACAGCCUGGACACGCACCUCACAAGAUCAUCGGGGUAACAUAAUUCCAAAAUCUUUUAGAGGUUGUCAUUGAGUCUUUUUACAGAAUGAGCAUGUGGAUAUAUGUAAAAAAAAAAAAAUAAUUGAAAUUUUUUUUUAGAUUUACUAACCCAUUUAAAACUGGUCAUAAAAUGGCAGGCACAUUUAUUGUUAAGCACGUAGGUGUAAAAAUGGAAAUAUAAAAAAAGGAAAACCAAACAAUUUCUUUUCUUUUCUUUUUGUUCUAUUAGUAUGUAUGUGUAUUCUGGCAAAUCUGCUUCUGAAUCACAAUUUGUUUUCAUGUUGAGACACAUUUAUGAAUGUGUUAACAGUUAACAGGCUGUCUGAAAGAUGAGGUCAGCAGUGAGGAGAUUUCUCAUAAGGAAUCUGCUUUGAGUGAGUGGAUAUCUGACCAUCAGUAGCAGAUCUGUAUGCAUGUCUUUUAUGUCUUUCAGGAGAAUUCACUAGCUAGUGUAUCAUUUAUUUUCUUUUUACUUUACAAGUGCAUCGUAUGCUUUUGAAUCAACACAAAACUAAACUUUCACCUUGCACCAGUUUGUAUUUUGGUUUGCUCUUACAAUUCCCUUACUAUAAUGUGUUCUUCCAUUAAGUAGUGGUUCACUGGAAAUUUGUAAUGUUGAUGACAUUAACGAGUGAGUAGUAAAACUAGACAUAAUGAGUAGGAGUACUGAGAGUAUCCAUACUAACAUUAUAUAUUAUGUAUGACAUUAAUAUUAUGUUUAUAUAAUUAUCCAUUUUGUACACAUGUAUACACAAUACAAAUUUACUUCACUAUAAGUAUAUAAUUUUCAUUAUACAUGGGAUGCUAGCCAUUGUUGACAUUUUGGUGAAAAGCAUUGGAAACUUACCAUUUUAUCUUUCUGACUAUUUUGAAA